AUUCCCCAAACCCUGAUUCUCAUUCGAGGCUCGGCUUGUGACUGUCCAGACCGCCCGCCCGCCCCAACCCGCUCUCAUCCAGUCUGCCCCUCCUCUCCUCCCCUCCCCCCUCCCCUCCUCCGACCGCCGCCGUGCCCGUAGCCCGUAGCCCGUAGCCCGACCUCUGAAACUUUGAGGCUAGUUAUUUUGCUCCCUUGGAGCCCUUGACCGAUACUCCAUCUAAUGUUGCCCCGCCUCCGACCCUUUACCCACGCCUUCUCACGACAACCUCCAUUGACUAGAUUCCUACCCAAGAGUCAACCGUUUCGUUUUGCAACCACAAUGGCGCCAGUCCUCCCCUCCGACCGCAGACCAAUCGUCAUCUCCGGCCCCUCGGGCGUCGGCAAGGGCACCCUCUACAAGCUCCUCUUCGAGCGCCACCCCGACUCUUUUGCCCUCUCCGUCUCCCACACCACCCGCGGCCCGCGCCCCGGCGAGGCAGACGGCGUCGACUACCACUUUGUCACAAAGGAGGCCUUUGAUGACCUCGUCAGCAAGGACGGCUUCGUCGAGCACGCCACCUUUGGCAGCAACUCGUACGGCACCUCAAAGGCUACCAUCGAGGAGCAGUCUGCCAAGGGCAAGCUCGUCGUUCUCGAUAUCGAGAUGGAGGGAGUCAAGCAAAUCAAGACGUCAAACUUCCCCGCCCGCUACGUCUUCAUCGCGCCCCCCUCAGAACAAGAGCUCGAGAAGCGCCUCCGCGGCCGCGGCACCGAAAAGGAAGAGAGCGUCCAGAAGCGUCUCGCGCAGGCCAAGCUCGAGCUGGCCUACUCCAAAACCCCUGGCGUCCACGACCUGAUCAUUGUCAACGACGAUCUCGAGAAGGCCUACAAGACCCUUGAAGACUUUGUCUACAACCCCUCGCAGUAAAAGGGUCGACAACGACGAAGAAGGCGCGCGAGAGGGAAAAGAGGUUGGAUUGGGUGAUACGGUGAUGGGGCGUUGGGAACUGAAUAUCCUUUACGAGUUCACAAAGUCUGUGGAUCUUCUUCAUAGCACGGGCGGUCAUUGUGGGCAUAUAUACACAUAUGAAAGCGUAUAAAAGCAAUCUAUAGAGCCACACAUACGUGCGGCAGAAACCUCUGGCCAUACUUUGGGACAGAGGAAUACACAUCAUCAAGAGCAUUGGCGACCGCAAA